AUGGAAAUAAAAAUAAAAAUGGAUAAGACGGCGAUCAUCGUGUCCGCCAUUGUCGGGUCUCUGGGGCUGUUGAGUGCGAUCAUGGGAUUCGCGGCAGAGGGGGCAAGCAUUACAACAUGCUGCAUCAACCUGCAGAGCCCCUCGGCCGCGCUGGGGAUCUGCGCCUUCGUCUUCCUGCUGAUGGGGCAGAUCAUCGUCUCCGCGGUCGGCGGCUGCUGCGGCAGCUGCAAGUCCCGUGAGAUUCCUUCCGAGACCAAGCGCGUCGUCGGCAUUGUUUGCGCAGUGACCUCGUGGAUAGCGACGGUGGCCGCGUGCGUGAUGUUCGAGCAAAACGCGGGGCUCAACUUGAGGGGCUACUACAUGGCCGGCAUCUACGCCGGCGGGGGCGUGCUUGCCCUCGCCGCCACGGCACUCGCCAUCGCCUCGUUCAUCCUGAUGCGGGCUCAGCCGGCGGACGGCGCCGCACCCAAAACGCCAGGGGAGCAGCCGGCGCCGCCCGGGAUCGCAAUGGGCCAGCCACAGUUCCCUCCGGCAGCGGCUGCAGGCGCGCAAAACAUGCAGCCCCCUCCUCAAGGCCGGGCGCAGGUGUAG